CUGUAGGAUUCAGAAGCCAGUCAGGCUGCGAAGGAAACAGACGGAGACAUGACGCUGCAAAACAACGAUGUGAAUGAAGGUGCCACAGUCACAAAGGACAGAUUGACCACAAAGGCUGACAAGCUGUCGGGACCAUUUAAUUACAACAACAACAAUCACAGACAAGAGGGCCCCGGAGGACUGUGGGAUUCUGUGAAGAAAGCAGCUUUUGUCAUCGGAUCUGGAAUCUUAUUCUUGGCUGCAUUCGGCAACUCACUGACAUGGCAUCUUCAGAGGUUCUGGGGAGCCUCAGGAGAUUUCUGGCAGAAACUGUGGACGAAGCUCUAUGUCGCGUUUGAGGGUCAUGAUGCUGCCUUGUUCUUCUUUGGCACAAUAUUGGUUCCCACUCUUGUUUUCUCUGUCACAAACGCUCUGCUGCUGUUGGUGGACAUUACCGGUAAACCUGCCUUCAUCACCCGCUAUAAAAUCCAGCAAGAUAAGAACAACCCGGUGGAUCCAGGCAGGUUGCGGCAGCUGUUGAAGACUGUGUUCUUUAACCAUAUAUUUAUAUCUGGCUCCAUGGUGGUGGCAGCAUACUACUUGAUGACUUGGAGGGGAGACCCCUGUGGACCUGAGUUGCCCUCGUUCCACUGGUGCCUGGCAGAGCUCUCCUUCUUCUCCUUAUUGGAGGAACUUAUGUUUUACUACUCUCACAGGGUCUUCCACUGCCCCGAACUCUAUAAACGUUUUCACAAACAGCACCACGAGUGGACCGCUCCCAUUGGAGUCGUCUCAAUCUACGCUCAUCCUCUGGAACAUGUGAUCUCCAACAUGCUGCCAGUGGCCUUGGGUCCAGUGAUCUUGGGUUCCCACCUGUCCACCACCUGCCUGUGGUAUUGCCUGGCUCUGGUCAGCACCACCAUCUCCCACUGUGGAUACCACCUUCCUUUCCUGCCGUCCCCAGAAUUCCAUGACUUCCAUCACCUGAGGUUCAACCAGUGUUUCGGUGUCCUUGGGGUGUUGGACAGGCUUCACGGCACCGACACCAAGUUCAGACAGACCAAACAGUACGAACGGCACAUCCUGCUCACCAACCUCACUCCGCUCUCCAAGAGCAUCCCCGACUCGCCCAAGAAGUGCCAGUGACUUUUAACCUCAGGGCCAUGCCUUGUCUAUAGUAUGCGGUCACAGUCAAAACUCGCGGAGAUACCCGAUCCACACCCAGUGAUGAUGAUUAGGGUUUGAUUCUUUUAAUCGAUGUGCAGCUGUGGAGACUCUGGACAUAUUUCACGUUGCCCAUCUAGAAACGUUUUUAGCACUUUAUGAAGCAGUUUUAUUUGUGAAUGUGGAGUCACAUUCACAACGUACUCCGCUUUAUGGAGCACGGUAUGUUUAAAGGAGUUAUGUAUGGAAUUGGUUUUUGUCUACUUUUUAGAGUUACACACAUUUUUGGGCUUUUAUGGUAAACAUCACAAAAGUCCCACAAUUCUAUGACUCUGCACACCAGAAGAUUUAAGUAAAUCAGCUGAUUUUCAGAAGUGGAGCCUCCAGGAAUUUUUACUUGGUGUGUUGGACUACCAACAGGGGUGUUAAAGAAAGCACAAUUCACUAGAAUUAGCAUAUACUGUACGGUUAUGCUAACUGCAGUUGACACUAGCGUAUGUGGUCAUGAUCAUUGCGAUUGAAGCUAGUGGAUUGUGUCGACCACAGUUAGCGCCAACCGCUCAACUAAUAUUGGCAUCAGCUGCUGCUAGUAUUAACUGUAGUUAGCAUGUUUGCAUAUGCUAAUGCUUACUGUAGGUAGCAUUGUCUUUUAUAAUUGAAUUUCAAUUCUGUUUCAUUGUGUGUAGGGCCCCAUCAUGACACAGCCACCCCAACACGCUUCACAAGAGCAGGUUCCAACAACAGUGCACCCGAAUGGUCUGCCCUGCCUUCACUGUGCAUGCGUCAUUAGCCGCGGUUCACGGAUUAUCACCUCGUUUCUGCUUCAAACUGCACUCCAGUCAUCAUCUACCUCAGCGAUACAUAUCUGAAGCUUUUGUACAACAAUCAUUUCCACAUAAAUUCAGCAUUUUUCAUCAUAAGAUGGAGGAAGCGAUCAGAGCACUGCAGCUACACGAGCUACAAACUGAUGCGUUCACUGUGUCUGUCAUUUCAGUCACCAAGUAUCAUCUCGUUUCUGCUUAAAACUGACUUUAGAAUGAUUUAAGAGGUUUUACCUUGUCAUCUGUUAAUAAUUCCAUUAAUCCAUUUGAUCUCUUUGGGUGAAGACUCCGUCUCAGACGAGCGGCGUGAGCCUCAAAAUGACACAUAUGCAGUGGAGGCAGCGCGGACCCAUUUUUAGGGGCUGACCGUUUGGUCUGCGACACCAGCAUUGUAGGGCAGCGAUGUGUUCUGGCCACCACAACAUCAGUUAGCAUAAGUAAGCACAAGGACUUUGUCAAGAAACCAAUAAAGAAAUAAAAGUGAGGAAAUAACCAGUAAAUUAUAAUGCAGUAAUUCAUUCAUUCAUUUUCUGCUGGUUAUCCGAGUCCAGGUCCUGUGCCAGUAGACCAAGCAGUUCAUCCCACGCUUCUCUGUCCUUGGUCAAGUCGUUUUAAGUCUUCUUGAAGGAUCCCAAGGUGUUUCCAAGACCGCUGGAAAAUAUAAUCCCUCCAGUGGAUCUUCCUUGGUUCCUCCUCCCAGUUGGAAGUGCCUGGAAGACCACUGUAGGGAGACAACCGGGGGCAUCAGAAAGGAGCCACCUGCUCAGGUGGCUCCUUUCAGUGUGAAUAAGCAGCAGCUCUUCUCCAAGUCCCUCCCAGAUACUCGAGCUUGGCCCAGCCUCACAGCAAUAAGGUCAUGUAAUCAUUAUGUGCAAAAUGUGCUUGUGUUGGGAAUUUCCGACAUAUUGAUUGAUGGUUGUGUUUGAGCAACCAAUGAUCAUUCUUCAUAACUACAUUUGCAUGUAAAUAAGCAAGCUUUUUUUCUCUUUUUUGGGGGCCUCAUUUUGGUAGCAAAGAUCAAAUUCAGUUUAUAAAGGGGUCAAAAGUUAAAGCUGCUCUAACUUUGGUAAAAAAAAAAAAAAAAAAAAGCAAAUUUUUGGUUGAGCUAAUAGGAUUAAAAAAGGGAAUCGUUUUGAGUAUGUUGAAUGCUUGGUCUUGAAAGUAAUUAUCAACAAGGAUGGCAACCACUGGAUUCUAUGACAUAGCUGUAUUCAAAAAUUUACAUACGCUCAUUGUGGGCAUGACUCAUGGUAAUUUUGGGCCUUUUAAUGCUCUGAGGGUUAGUAAGGGGGUUCACUUGUUCGAAGCGCCUUGAGGCAACUCUGUUGCGAUUUGGCGCUAUAUAAAUGAAAAUAAAUUAAAAUUGAAAAUUUACAGUUCUUUUGCCAGAAUUGAAUGAUUGUACAGCAUACAUCGUUGACUUUUAUCCUUCAACAGACUUAUGCAUUUUUUUCACGAGGAAUUAAGUCAUGAAAACAGCAAAGUGACCAAUAUAAGAGCCUGUAUUUUAAAACAAAAGCCUGUGAGGUUGCUGCAGACCUGCCAAAAGUGACCAGUUUGUCCAUCCUCAGACAGAAGAUUCAAAUCCAGACAUUUUCUGUGUGCGUGACCCCAAACCCACAAUUAACAUGUUCAUACUCUGGACAGAAUAAUCCAAAACACCAAACACAGCCAAGGCGGUCAUUUAAAUCCAAAUAAUUUCCCUGUUUUUCAGUAUUUUGUGUCUGUCUGGUGCCAACAGUCACAGUAAUUCCACCUCCAAUAGUGUAUCUUAAAGUUGCUCGAGUUAAAAAGCUCAUAGUUGGAUCUUGGGAUCGAGCUACCAUCUGUCCCAGCCCCUGCCUCUUGGCACCCCCUCGAUGCUCUUAGCCGAGUGUGCUGCGAGGGUCCGAAGAGUUUACUUUGAAAAAAUUAGUUUUCAAACCAGGCCUAGAUACCCCAGCUAGAUAAAUAGGACUCCAGCUCUACUUUGUGGGUUUUCUUCUCUGAAAUUGCCUUGUUUACAUUUUCAUUGCAUGAAAAUAUCGCCCAGUCACAAAUAGGUAUGGGACAACACAGUACUGUGAUGGGGGGCACAAGGCCUUUAGGCAAAUACUGCAUUUUUUAGAUUUUGUUUCCCAUCACUGCUUCAGGCCACCUGCUUUAAACAAACAUGACAGAAAAACAUCAGUCUAAGACCACAUUUCCAAAACAGCAGUGUCAUAAAAAAAAACAAAAAAACAAAGCACAUUGCCAUCAUAAAAAAAGUCAGAUUCCACUUUUUU